AUGGUAAUAAACAAUCCUACUUAGCCGCUAGAUUAAAGGUAAGAAAAUGAUAAAUUAGAGUAAUACAUUAGCAGUGAAAAUAAUAAUGGGAAAUUUCUUAAGAAAUCAAAACCUGAUAUUCAACCUUUGAUGUUUUAAACUACAAGAAUUAAUACACAAAUCGGAACAAUUCCCAACAAUUCUAACAAUCCUCAAUUCAAAUUCAGCAUUCCCUCUCAACCCCUGACAGUCUUGAAGCAUGAGUUCUCAAAGCUAAAAUUUAAUAAUAAAAUGGAGCCCAUUUGCACGGGAUAUCCAAGUGAUGUAGAGGCUGAAUAUACUGAUGAAGAAUUUCAUUAUGAUCAAAAAAAGAUUGAUCUCGCUUUGGAUAAUGAUCCCAUCAUUAAGAAAGAUAGCAUCAGGAUAAAGGAUUCUUUAAAAUUGCUUGAGAUAUACGCUUUGCAAAACUUUUAUAAAGAAUCCACCAUAUAAAUUGAUGGGAUGGAAAUUGUUGAAAGACCUGAAAUAACAAUUCAGAAUCUUAACAGAGUGCCUGCAUACAAAGAAUGGAAAAAUGCUACAGAUCUUGAAAAUAAGAAGGAUAUUUAAAACAAAGAGAAUCAAAAAACGGUGUAGUAGGCUAAGCUAAUUCUGAGCAAGACUAAGCCUACUGUAAUAGAAAAAGACAUCAAGAAAAAUCCUCGAGAGAUGGAGUUUUCAAUUUCAAACGAGUACGUGGGGCUGAAAAGAUCUUUUAACUAUCAAGCUCCCAUAAAGAUAACUGGAGUUCCUCAAGAAGUAGGAACCUCUGAUAUCGAGGAGCCCUCAUAGAAGCGGGCCAAAUUUAAUCAGGAAAGCACUCUCAGCAAAAAUGACUAAAGUUUAACUAUUUAGUAGAAAAUAAAUGAGAUCACAGCGCGCAAGAUUCCGAUUGAGAAACUCGACUCCUCUUAGAUUAGUCAACUCAGUAAGAACUAUUUUUCAAAUGAUAAUAACAUUAGUAGUAAAACAAGACUCUCUGAAAGUUAUUUAGUAGCCAAUAUCAGAACAAUUCAUUCCACCACCUACCAGCAAGAACAUAUUCUCUGUGACCGCAACACACAAUAUUCCUUCGAAGAAUUAGAACAUAAUCUAAGUCUAAAAACGAAAAAUGAAGAGAUGAAAUUAGUGCAUAUCGGAUAGGAUGGAAAAGAAUAGCAUGAAAUGGUAUACAAGAACUCAGUGGAGAAAGUAGGCAUUUCUCAAUAAUUUAAUUCAUCCACAAAUUAGAAUUAGCAGCAUUAAUAACAUGUGAUGUUGACCUAAAAUUAAUAAAAAACUGUAGCUUAAAUCAUACCUCAAAGUAUCUAAGUAGCUGCACAAAAUUAACCAUUCAUUACUCCAUAACAUCAGCAAAUGAUUAUCGAGUAGCAUACACAUGAUGAUCUGACUGAAACUCCAUGGACUCAUGAUUAAAGAAAGCAAGUUAAUUAUAUCACCAUUAAUCAAGAUUAAACUGGCUAGAUUCAAAUGAUUCCAGCAGGAGAAUAUAGUUAAUUAGAAUCAAUUUAAGCAAUUACCUAGCCUUAAUAAUAAGUAGUAUACAUGUACCAAACUCCGUAUGGACUCAUGCAAGUACCAUAACAGCAUUAAACUCAUAUUAUCGGCUAGCAAGGCGCAACUUAAAUGAUAAAUCAGCAAAUUAUGCCUGGAGGUACAAUAAUAAAUCCUCAAAAUCAUCAUAUUUAAAUCCAACCUCAAAUUUAACAAACUCCUUCAGGUCAAAUAAUCAUUACUCAAGUUCCAUCAGAAUUAAAUUCACAAGGGUAGAACCAACCUCAAAUAAUACAUGUCAAUGCUUAAGGAUAACCAUAACAAAUUAUACAAGCUUAGCCGCAGCAAAUUUAGACCAUGACUAGCUAAGGUCCACAAACCUAAGCUUUGAUCUAAGUGGGAGGAUAACCACCAUAAGCAAUAGUGGCUCAACCUCAACAAUAGCAACUAUAACUUGUCUAAACAAAUUAAGGGCCAAUGUAUAUUACUUCCUAAACACCAGUUUAAUAAGUUAGCUAAAACACACCUUAAAAUCAAACAAUAUCAACAUAAAAUGGAUAAGCUACCGUUAUCUUUGCUCAUCCUUAGGCAUAAUUGUAGCAGUAACCAUAAUAUUAGUUAGCAACCACAUCAAAUGGCCAAUAAGUCUUAAUUUAGAUUCCAUAAUCUCAAAGUUAAUAAUAAACUGUGCAUUCUGGAUCUUAAUUAUAAUAACCUGAGUAAUUGACUUUCAUUUAAACACCUUAAGGUCUAGUUUUAGCAUAAUAGCAACCUGGAAACCAACCAAAGUAAAACGUACAGAAAGCAACUUAAAUUGUUAAUGAACUUGGACAGGUUGUCUAGAUGAUACCAUAAAAUUCUAUUUAGACAAUAGAACAUGAUCCAUUAUAAAGUUCUAUUAAACUUGAUCUUUAAAAUCUAAAUCAAUUCCUAGGAGGGUCAUAAGGAUAGUCAUAAAUACAACAAUAAUAGUAAACAAUUUAGUUGAUUUACGACGCAUCAACUGGCUAAUACCUCUAAGUAUAAUAACAGUAACCAGUAUCUCAAGCAAUUCCUGGAACAUAGUUGCAAAUUCAACACCAUAGUUAAGGACAUGCUAUCAUACAUGGUUAGCAGAAUGGCAUCAAUAGUGCUGCACAGACUGUUGUCCACAGGCAUCAACAAGAACCCUAGAUUAUCUAAGCUUAUAUUGAUGUACCUUAGAAUCAAGUUCAAAUAGUUCCGUAGGAUUGCUCUCAUAGACAACAGCCACAAUCAAAUUUCUGUCAAGGACAUGCAAACUUAGGCAAUCGAGAUGAGAGUCCAUUAGGGCCUCAUUAACAUGGAGCCUCUUCUGGAAGUCCAUCUGGAAUGUGCAACCACUGUCAUAAAACAAAGGGCAAUCACCCUUUCUAGUAAUAGCAGAAUAAAUAGCAAAUGAAUAAUCAAUAAAGAGGAAAUAACUUCAACCAAAAGUAGAAAAAUGAACAUUAAUGCCAAACUUCAUAAUAACCUCAAAUUGUAUAUUAGCCAUUCUAUUUGUUGAACGAUAAUAAAAAGAAUGUGAUUAAGAGUAAUAUUUAUUAAACCUAAUACAACUCUAAUAACCCCACAUCUCAAGGUGCUGAUUAAGUAUAAUCGCAAAUAAUAGGUUAAACAGGUCCAGGAGGGUAGAAUCAAAUCUUUUAGGAGAUAGUUCCUUAAUCUUAAAAUGCUGGCCAAAGCUUUAUUGUUUAAGGUCAUCAUUUGAACUAACAGCACACAUAAGGAAAUGAAAUAUAUGUUGAGGAUUUUGGAGGAAUCUAAGUUGUGUAUGAAGGUAGUACAGCUCAUAAUAACCCUCCACCUUAAAGAUACUCAGAAAGAUAAGAGGGUUCUAUUCAAACUAUGAAUCAUCACCAGAAUCAACAUCAUUAGCAUUUGUUUGGAUCAGCUAGGGAGGAACAUCAUAAAAUGCAACCUAGAACUAUAUAAUCAAUGUCAACAGGGUUAAACAAGCAGACGAAUUAGAGACAGCCUCUAAACAGACAUUCUCAAUAAAUUUAGAUGCACUCACUGGGCUAACAAGCUAAGCAUUAAUAAGAACAGUAGUAGCUGCAAAAUCUGAGUUUGGGCUUGAGCCAGCUACAUCAAAAUAGAUCUGGUGGGGGAUAGCACAUUCAUCAGGUUGAGGAAUCACCCUCUGUCCAUCUAUAAAAUCAAAACAAGACCUAUCAAUCUUCAAGAUCCUCUCCAUACCAUAAUUAAAGCAAUGUCUACAACUCUACUCCUCACAGCCUUAACACAUAGAAUCCAAAUAAUUUGGUAAACCAAAAUAAUUUGAACUAGUCUAAUCAAUCUCCAAUAGGAAUGAACUAGACUGGAUUUUAACUAGGUUAAGAAGGAAACAAGAGAGCUCCAGGACAGAUUGUCCUUAAUAAUUCUGAGAUUUCAAGUUAGGCCAAUAAGGGGGUUAGACAAACACCGAGCAACAAUAUGAUGUAGAUUCCAAUGGACUUUUUGAAUAAACAUGGCCUCACGGAUACCAAAACUGGAGUCCCACCUCUCUAGCAAAAUAGUGAUCAACUCUUUGGCUCCUUCAAACCUUAGAAUGAGACUUAGGUUAAUUCAAAUAGUCCCUCUAGAUAUGGAUUCCCCAAUGAACACGAUAACCACUAAAACAAUUCUAAUUAAAAUCAGAAUAAUCUCAAUAGCAUGAUAAUGGGAUAAAACUAAUCUAGAAUCGGACAACAGCAAACAGAAUAGCUUUAGAAUUAAGCAUAGGCCUAAUAAUAAUUAUAACAUUAACAACAAUAGCAGUAAUAACAAAACCUACUCCAAAUUCAGUAGUAGCAAAAUCUCCAGUAGUAAACACAAAAUCAUUAAUAGUAGGUAUAACAAUAGCAGCCCCAGCAGAUUCAACCAAAUUUUUAUCAGUAAAAUUCAACGACUCAGCAGCAGUAAUAGCAGGCUUAAUAGAUUCAUUAGUAGCAGUAGCAAUAGUUUUAAGGUAUAAAUAGCGUUGCUUAGUAGCUUCAAAAUGAACAUCAGUAAUUACCAAAUUAGUUUGGCUAAGUAAUGAUUCAAGGUGGCACAGGAGCCUCAAAUAAUAUAAGCAAAGACAAUAUAUUGGGUCAGAACUCAUAAAUUCAGUAAUAGCAAAUAAAUUUACCUAAUUUUAGCCAUGCAACCAGCAGCAUUGGAGGAUAGAUAAGUUUGCUAAACUCUUAAAUACAAAUAUAAAACGACCCAGAGCUAGAAAACAGUUUGAAGCAAUUGCGAGGAAACUUUAACUUCGACCUAUUCAAGUCGAAGAUGCAGACACCUGGAUAGUAGCAUGCAGGACAAAAUAAUUAGUAUCGAAAUCAACAGCAAAAAAAUAAUCAGAUAAAAGAUGAUAGGUAGUAAUAAUAAUAAAUUGUAACUGGACACUAGUAACAGUAAAAUUCCUAUCCUCCUUAAUAGACACAUCAUUUCGACUUAGCUCAAUAGUAACAGUAGAUAGAAUAGCAGAACUAAAUGAACAUUUAGCAGCAACAUCAGUAGCACAUUUAGCAGUAGUAAUAGCAAUUACUACAGCAGCAGUAACAAUAAUAGCAGUUACAAAAUCAAGCCUUGGAGCAGCAAUUAGCAUUUGGUGGACUUCAAACACCUUUUUCUUGA